CCCGAAGCUACGAUCAAACAACACACAAUCAUACUCACACCAUGGCUUUACUCGUGGACAAGCACCGCCCGCGAAGCCUAGAGGCUCUCAGCUACCAUCCGGAUCUCUCAGAUCGUCUGCGAUCUCUCGCACAAAGCGGCGACUUCCCCCAUCUCCUUGUCUACGGCCCCUCUGGCGCCGGAAAGAAAACCCGCAUCGUCGCAACCCUCAAAGAGCUCUACGGCCCCGGCGUCGAAAAGAUCAAGAUCGACGCUCGUGUCUUUCAAACUACGUCCAACCGCAAGCUCGAAUUCAACAUCGUCGCCUCCGUGUACCACCUUGAGAUCACGCCGUCAGAUGUCGGGAAUUACGACCGUGUCGUCGUGCAAGAUCUCCUCAAGGAAGUCGCCCAGACGCAGCAGGUCGACUUGAACGCCAAGCAGCGUUUCAAGGUCGUGGUCAUUAAUGAGGCGGAUCAUCUGACGCGCGAUGCGCAGGCGGCACUGAGACGGACCAUGGAGAAAUACAGUCCUAACUUGAGGCUUAUCCUGCUGGCAAACUCGACAAGUAACAUCAUUGCUCCGAUCCGGAGUAGGACAUUGUUAGUGAGGGUUGCGGCGCCGACCGAAGAGGAGAUCUGCGGCGUGCUGAGGGUAGUUGGAAAGAAGGAGGGAUGGAAGGAGGUGGAUGGCUUGAAUAAGAGGGUUGCGAAGGAAAGCGGCAGGAAUUUGAGGAAGGCCCUGCUUAUGUUUGAGGCCGUGCAUGCACAGAACGAAAACAUCACAGACACAACACACAUCCCGCCACCAGACUGGGAGGCUCUGAUCAGCCAGAUCGCAAACCAGAUUGUCGAGGAACGGAGUCCAGCCCGUCUCCUCCAGGUCCGCGCGGCACUUUACGAUCUUCUCUCGCAUUGCAUAGAUCCCACAACAAUUCUAAAGACACUCACUUGGAAACUAAUCCCUAAGACCGACGAUGCGCUCAAGCCAGAAGUCAUAAAGUGGGCUGCCUUCUACGAGCACAGAUGCAAGACCGGCAGCAAAGUCAUAUUCCACUUAGAAGCCUUUGUCGCAAAAUACAUGCGGUUAUAUGAAAGCUUCCUCAUGGGCGUCGAUUUCGACUAGCAAAGGUAUGAUCGGUGUAUUAUCAUUCCGCUUUAUAGCUUGCAUCAGGGACAUCUAGCAAAGGCGUUUAGGAGUUGCGUGGUUGGAGGGGCGGCAUAGCACUCCGAGAAAGGGAGGGAUGCUCUAGCGUUGAUUUGACGUCAUUAACGACGAAGCUCCCCAGCAUCUUUCGAAGCUCUACCGUUGGAGCGACUGCA